UUUUAUAGUGUAUUGUCACGGACGACACAGUGUAAAACGAUGUAUAUCAAAGCAUAUUCAAGAAUUAAUACAUUUUAAUUAGCGCAUCGUCGCUUGUGGCUGCAGAAAUCCAACUCGAUUUGAACUCGGUUUCCCUUUCAUUUCUCCAACAACGCAAUAUAUCUAGAAAGAAUAAAAUAUUAUAUAAUCAAAACAGUGGAAAAUGGGAAUCCCGUCAGAAUUGAGGGACGCAUGGACAAAUCGCAACAGAUCUUUGUUGAUCGCAUCACCAAUUGAAGAUGAGAAAAUUCUCCGGUCAAGGCAAUGCACUCAAGAAGGGGUGCGUGCUGGAGCAAAAGCUGCUGCAAUUGCAAGUGUCGCCAGCGCUGUGCCCACUUUGAUUGUCUGUCGAACGGUACCUUGGGCAAAGGCAAAUCUCAAUUAUACUGCUCAGGCACUCAUUAUCUCUGCCGCAUCAAUUGCAGCAUACUUCAUCACAGCAGAUAAAACCAUCCUGGAAUGCGCUAGGAGAAAUGCACAAUACGAUAGAUCGUCUUAAGUUGUUGGAUCUUGUGAUGUACUCGCACCUUGUACUACUUUGUUGCACACCAUAAUCUGUGUUUUGACAAGACAUUCUCAAUUUUGAUGAGAUCUUUUGCUGGCAUA